CAGCCGGCUGCCGGGAGCUUGUUUGGAGAGGACUUGGCCCGCGCGGCCCGACCUGGGAAGCGGGUGGAGGUUGCUUUCCUCCUUUCCCCACCCCGCCCCGGAGGGGCAGAGCUCUGCGCGGCCCGGGCGGGCCUGCGGUCAGGGAUGAGGACUGCGCCUCCGCGCCGCAGAGCGCUGCGCGCGGGCCGGGCGCCGGCAGCCGCCGCUGCCGUUCCGGGAGCUCGUUCGCAUCCGCCAGCGCGGCGAGCGGCGCGGGGCCCUCGGAGCGGGAGGCUGAAUAGUAUUCCAGCGUGUGGACGACCACGCCGUGUGUAUCCAUCAUCCGCGAUGGACACGGGCACUUUCACCCUUGAGCUGCGUGAUGCCUCUGCUGUGAACGCGCGUGCACAGGCGUUUGUGUGGACGUGUGUUUUCGCUUCUCGUGGGUAGACAUCCGUGGAGUCACGUGGUCACUCUAACCUGUCCAGGAGCCGCCGGACCGUUCCGCACUCCAGCUGCACCGUUUCCCGUUCCCGCCAGUGGCCAAGAAAUCCCCAUCCCCGUGGAAGCUGCACGGCGACCCAGCUGAGGGCCGACUCCCAGGCUCCACUCAGGACCAUGAGAGCAGGCCCCUCCAGGGCCCCUCAAGGGGCGAGGAUGUCCGCCCAGCCCGCUUUCCGCGGCCCGCCUCGGACCACGGCAUCCUCCUAGCACCCAGGACGGAGGGGCCAUGCCUGGGGAGCAGCCCCUCGGAGCGCCACCCCCAACCAUGACCGGAGACCUGCAGCCCUGCCCAGCGGCCAGAGGCACGGGGGGCCCCCUGCAACCUCCCAGUGAGGUCAGUGCCCCAGCCAACAGGACCACCAAGGCCACGGGCAGCGGGGCCCAAGCCAUGGACAGCCCUGAGACCCAGGUGCGGCAGGCUGGGAAGGUGGGGCCCAAGGCCCCGCUCCCCAGAACCCAGUCCCUGAGCAGCGCCCCUGGGAAGGGAAGCGGCCCCCAGGCCCCAGCAGGGCGGAGCCCGGUGCAGGCUCGCGCGCGGCGGGCGAGCAGGCUGGACAGCGGCCCCCAGCAGCCCUACGGUCUGAGCACCGCCAGCUCAAGGCCCAAAGCCGCCCUGGGCGAGAAGACCCCUGAGGGCCCGCAGCAAGAGGCCCCCCGGCCCCCAGAGGCCGAGGCCCCCCGGGGCCAAGGAGCCAGAGCCCGUCUCAGGCCUGGUCCCCCCAGGGCCGAGGCUUCACCUGGCCCGGAAGAGCUCAGCUUCCAAAAGUGCUUCCAGGAGACCCCCUCCAGCUUUACCUCCACCAACUAUACCUCACCGAGCGCCACCCCUGGGCCCCCGCCCCUCAGGGCCCCCGAGAGCAGCGGCGCCAGCCCCUGCCGGCCGGCCUCCUACGUGGAAUUCCAGGCCAGCAGGGCCGAUGCCUGGCCUCCCACGGCUGAGAACAGCUUCCCAGGUGCUAGUUUCGGGGUGCCGCCCGCUGAGCCGGAGCCCUUUCCCGAAGGCGGCAGCCCCGGGGUGGUCGCCUUCCAGUACCCCUUCCCAGAGCUGCACGGAGCCGGCCCGAAACCCUUCCCCGAGGACGCAGCCGGGCCCGAGUACGCCGAGAGGGCACUGGUGUUUGCCUUCCACCAGCCUCGGGGAGUGUGGCCCGAGGAGCCGGUGGGCACGGGCCCAGCCUACCCCCUGCCCGCCCGCUCGGGCCCCCCAGCCCUGCCCUGCUACCCCGGCCGGCCCGGCGGCCUCAACGCCCCCGGCGACCUUGGCGGUGCGCUCCCUCCCCCUGGUGCGGCUCGCCCGGCCCCCAGCCCCUUCUCGGAGAGCACGGCCACCUUCCGGGACAGUUUGCACGAGAGCAUGACCAAAGUGCUCCCUGAGAGGCCGCCUUCGGCCCACGAUGGGCUGGGGAGCCCCAGGGGGCCCCCAAACUCACUGGCCCAGAGGCAGUUUCCCGGGCAGGCGUAUGGAAGCCCCGGAGCCGGCGGGGUGGGCACCAGCCCAGGGCCUCGGGACACGGAGCUGACUGCCUCAGGGCCCCCCGCCGCCAGACUGCCCCCGCUCUGGGACCCCGCCCCAGCCCCUUACCCCACGCCUCCCCUGGGCCCCCUGGCCACCACCAGGAGCGCAUUCUUCGAAGCCCAGCCCGGCCCAGGCCAGCAGCUCAGCCUCCCCCAGAGCCCCCCGCUGCCCUGGCCCCAGGUGCUCCCGGCCGCUGGCCCCGGCCCCCGCCAGGUGGAGAUGAUGAGCCGGCUGUCUUUCCCCCCGGAAGUCCCCGAGUGGCAGGCGGGCAGCCAAGGAGCCCUGGCUGCUGCCGCAGGGAAGGCGCCCGGGCCGGGCGAGAAGCUGGCGGUCCUGAGAAACAGCCCGGGCCAGCACAGCGGCGGCUCCCCUGGGCUGUUCGCCUACAAUGGGCUGAAGGAGCCUGGAGCCCAGCCCCCGUUCUUCGGGGCGGCCCAGCCCCAGGCCUCCCCCCGGGGCCCCCCCGGCCCGCCCCCGCCCAGGGUGGUGGGAGCCUCCCCCAGCGAGUCCCCCCUGCCCUCGCCGGCCACCCACACGGCCAGCAGCACCUGUUCGUCGCUGUCCCCUCUGUCCAGCAGCCCAGCCAACCCCAGCUCGGAUGAGAGCCAGCUCCCCGGGCCGCUCGGGCCCUCCGCCUUCUUCCACCCACCCACCCGCCCCCAGGAGACCGGCAGCCCCUUCCCGUCCCCCGAGCCCUCGCACGCCCUCCCCAUCCACUACCAGCCGGAGCCUCUCAAGGCCUUCCCUUUCCCCACGGAGGGGCUGGAGGAGACCCCGUUCCCUAGCUCGGGGCUCGAGGUGGGCAGCGUGGGCCUGGAGGGCUUCCCCCAGGAGCCGCCCCCCUACUCCGCCCACCACUUCCCCCUCAGCAGCGCCAGCCUGGACCAGCUGGAUGUGCUGCUCACCUGUAGGCAGUGUGACCGGAACUACAGCAGCCUAGCCGCCUUCCUGGGGCACCGGCAGUUCUGCAGCCUGCUGCCGGCCAGGGCCAAGGACGGCCACCAGCAGCCCCCCGGGUUCCCCACGCCCCCCGUCACCCCCUCCGCGCUGGCUGCCCCCAAAACACCGGCCCGCGGGACCCCGAGCCCACUCAGCCACACCAGGACAGCGCCCUUCCUGCUGGGUGGGGACGUUCGGCCUGACGGCAGAGACGACCCCCUGAGGAUGAGCUUCCUGCCCAGCCCGGCCGCCGCCCCCUUCCCGCUGCCCGCAGGGGACCUGGACCUGGAGGACGCCGCCAAGCUGGAUAGCCUCAUCACGGAGGCCCUCAACGGCCUGGAGUACCAGUCAGACAACCCUGAGAUCGAUAGCAGCUUCAUCGACGUCUUCACCGAUGACGAGCCUUCCGGCCCCAGGGGCCCCGCCACUGGGCAGCCCCCCAAGACCAGGCUGGGGGCAACGCCAGAGAACAAAGCCCAGCUCCCGCUCCCGGCAGUGGCUGCCCCGCUGGAGCCCCAGCCGCCCCGGCCCGGCGACGGGGGCUACGCGGCCGGCCCCAGGCCCAAAACCCGCUCCCUGGGCCCAGCGCCCUCAGAGGCAGAUGGGGCCAGCUUGGCCGGCCAGCAGAGAAGAGGAAAGCGGUUUAAGUUGUUCCAGAAAGAGCUGGACACGGUCAGCACCGCCAAGAGGCCGGGCAGGGGCUCCAGGGCCAGCCGCCUGAGGCCGAGGAGGAAAGGCCGGGCUGAGCCGGCCCUGUCCCGCCCGCGGGACCUCAGAACCCAGGCCCCCAAGAGCCACACAGACCCAGGGGGACGGGCCCUCCUGGUGGAGACCCGGAGCUCCAGGCGCCUCCGACUGUCCCCCGGCCAGGACUGCAGGGGGAGGCGGGCCCGGGGCGGCACCUGGAGCAAGGAGCUCAUCCACAAGAUCGUGCAGCAGAAGAACCGGGCGGGCAAGCGCGGCCCAGCCCCGGGCGCCGCGGACGGCGGACCCCAGGACUGCGACGGCGCCUCCGAGUCUGAGGAGGAGGAUGGCCCGCGGCUGCGAGGCUCACGCUUCAGAGGCCGGUCCCGCCCCAGCGGCCGGCGAUGGCGCCGGGGCGAGAAGAGGAAGGAAGUGGACUUGGCCCCGGGUCCCAGAGAGGGUGGACAGCAGCAGAAGCCCAGGAAGGCCGUGAGGCAGGAGGCCGUGAGGCCUGGGGGCUCCCCGGGCCCAGAGGAGCCGGGCGGGCCGUGGCCAGGUCCCGUCAAGAGUCCUGAGGCCCAGGGCCCGUCGCACGGCCCAGAGGCUGGAGUGGGCCCUGAGCAGAGAGGCCCCCAGCGUCUCCUGCGGGGUCUCACGGGCGCCGAGACCCCAGAGGAAAGCCAUCCCUCUCUGGACUUCCCCCAAGACACCGAGAGCCCUGAAAUUGCUGAAGACCUUCCCCCUGAUGCUGCAGGACUUCACAGAGAGGCUCUGAGCUCCCCUCCAGCCACCUGUGGGGGAGGAGGCCCCUGCCCCCCAGCCCCAGAGCGACCACAGCUCCGCCAGGAGGACGCAGUGCUGGCCCGCGCGAGCUCACCCGCGCUGGGUGCCCCCCGGUGCUCGGAGCCUGCCGUCUCCCAGGACGGAGAGGAGCCCCCUGCCUCCCCGCCAGGAGAAUCACUGGUGCCCGUGGCCAACGCAGCCGACACGGCCCACCCCGAACCCAGGACCCUCUGUUUGAAGACCCCUGGUCUUGGAGACUCCGUGGGGCUUCCAGCUGCCAAAAAGGGGCCUCAGCCCUACAGCAGCCCUCCCAGCGGAUUGUUCCUCAGACCCAAAGACCUGGCUGGCUGUUGCCACGAAGACCUGGGCUCCCAGUCCUCAGCCCCAGACAGCCCGCCGGCCAUCAGGGCAGGCCUCUGCCAGGAUGGCGAGGAUGCCAGUUCCCAAGAGCCCAAGCCGCCCAGGAACACACCCUACACAGUCGUCACGGGCCCAGGCAAAGCCGAAUCGCCGCCGGCCUUGGAGCGCACGGCCCUCUUCUCGGGGCCGCCUGGGCACAGCUUCCACCCGCCAGUCUAUGGCAGCCUCUCUGGGAACGGGGACACCCAGGUGCCACGUGCGUGUGCCGCCCCUCCCCCGAGGAGACCUCAGCAAGACCCACCGUUCCUCUCGUUUCUGCCCAAGAAGGGCUGGUCCCUGCUGGAGGAAGUGUCCCCCGUGCCGCCUGGCCAUCUGGGCCCUUUUCCCGGCCUCUCAGGGGAAAAGGCAUUCAGUCAGCGGUGUCCCAGUGAAGGGACUGUGGCCACCAGCCUCCCCGCUUUGCCCGGCAAGGUCAUCGAAUGUAGCACCGCUUGUAGCGGUGACCUGUCUGAGGAGGAGCUCGAGAUCAAAAGGCUGGUCACCGAAUUGGAGAGUCAGCUGCAAAGCAAAGGCGCACAGGAGGCCCCGGGAGAGCCGUGCGGAGCCAGCGCCACCAGUCCUGGGGAACUGCGUCCACGCCCGGAGGGGGCCGAAACAACUGUGGCCACCACGGGGGGCGCUCUAGGGAGCCCCCAGGAGGAGUGGCCCUCGUUCCACCAUGGAGAAGCAGCCCUGGCCCCCGGCGCCCACAAGGACGUGGUUCCUGGGGGUCCUUUCAGCCCCACUGGGGCCAGCCUCAGUUUCCGGCCAGUGCAGAAAGCCGGGGUCUCCAAGACAGGGCUCCCCAGGGCCGAAGGGGGCCUCGGGGCCCACCUGGAAGUCUGUUUACCGGACCCCCCGUGGGACAUGGGGAGUUUAGCGAAGUGCAGCCCAAACCCUGAGGCUUCACUUCCUAAGGGUAACAGGGCCACCAGAACACAGCACAGCCAAGACCUCCCACUGCUCUUUCCCUGCCCACGGAGACGGGGGCUUUCCCCGGGAUCCCACAAGGCACCUGGACCCUGCCGAGACCCCUCAGAGCUGGAAGCGUUCGGCAGCCCUGUCGCCCCUCCGGCACCUGGCUUGGCAUUUCAGGGGGCCGAGCUUCUGCCCCUGGGUGCCACCCCACAUUCUGGUGCCAGUCACAACAGUGCCCCCAAGGGACACUCUGUGAGCAGCACAGGUGGGCCAGGAGGAGCAGGGGGCCCUGGCCCUGAGUGUAACGAGGAGUUUGUACCAGCGGGGGCCUCCCCACAUCGUGCCUCCGUGCCCGACCGCAGCCCCGGCAGGAGGCCCAAGGACCCAGCCUCGAGCCCCCUUCAUCAGCUCCAGCUCCUGGUGGCCAGAGCGGCUGAGAGAGAAGAUGACACCCGGGGCUCCCAGGGGCCCCCGCCUGAUGACACCCAGAGUCCUCAGCACAGCGAUCCCUCAGAUCCGGGAAAGGAGAGUGUGGAAGGUGGGAAAAUGGCCUGCAGCCCUGCCCGGGGCUUCCCGGGGGCUGUGCAGACGACAGCCGUCCCUGCUGUGGCCGGACGCCAGCUGGGGCCAGAGGGAGCUGGACAUCCGGGCUCACACGGCCAGGCCAAGAAGCCCAAGGGCCAAGUCGGAGCCAGCCAACUGCAGCCAGAUGACCGGGGCAGGCCACGGCGGCCGGACCAGCUAGCCGGGCAGCUCCAGAGAAGCAGGGUGGCCGUGGGCCUUUGGAAGGGGGCACGGGCCACCCCAGGCCCCACCUACUCUGAGGCAGAAUCUUCAGUCCCAGCCUUGGCAGCAACCGACACGGAAGAUGGGCCUGAGGACCAGACUCCAGAGGCAGUAGCUGGCCCAGGCCUUCAGAAGCAUCUGCUGUUCGCUGGCGAGAGCCCAGCGCCCCCCGCCAGGGACCUGGCCAGCCGCACACCCUCGCCCGCUUCUGCAGCCACCCCCGAUCCCUGCGGCCCCAAGGAAAGCCCAGCUCGCCGCCCUCUCCGGGGGGACUGUGGCCCCCUGGAAGACCCUCCCAAGGAGCCCAGCUUCGUCGGUGUCUUCACUCCCGCCCAUGGAGGGGACUGCCCUGGAGGUCGCAUGGCAAGAACCCUAGAGGGUUCCAGAAAAGGGAGACCAAGGGAAGCUCCUGCCUCUGUCACCCCACCCCACCCAGCGAGGGCCACCUCCCCGAGAGUGACCGUCAAGGCCACUGCCCUGUCCAGCAUCCCUACCACUGGUGGCCUGGGGGCAGUCAGAGGCCCCAGGGCCGAGUGGCCAGACCCCAGGGGAGCCCUGUCCAGCACCCACCCCGAUGGGGUGCCCAAGGGCCCCUCCUCAGAACCCCCAGGCAACAGGGAAAGCCAGGGUGUCACCGCUCUGCCCACUGACCCUUCCACACGGGGGGCCAUGGGGCCAGAUCCCCACACCUGCCAGGAAGGCGAGGCAGAGGCCAGCCUCCAGGAACAGGAGGGCCUAGAGAUGCUCAGGGCCGGGCGCCCUGCCAUUACAGGGGCAUCCGAAGCUGGCACCAGGGGUCUGCGGGUCACCUGCCCCUCCACAGAGCUCCACCCGGGCAGAACCACAACUCCGAGCAGCACAGCCAGCGACUCCAGACCCCACUCCCCCCGAAGCCUCGGAAACAGCCUCCACCAGAGACCCCAGGGGGAUCCCCUCAGCCCCCAGGACCCCAGACAGAAGCCUCGUGGCUUUAAAAAGAAGCCUGUGUUCACUGAGAACGGCCACUGGAGGGGCGGAGCCCCCAGCGGGCAGCCCGUGACCUGUGAGGUCUGCGCGGCCUCCUUCCGCUCUGGGCCGGGCCUGAGCCGCCACAGAGCCAGGAAGCAUGGGCUGCACAGGGGUUCUGCCUCCCAGCCAAGCCCAGCGGCCCCACCUGCUCCCCAGACAUGCCACCCACCCGGGAAGAAGAGCCGCAGGGCGCCGGGGAAGGAGAGACCGAGGCGCCUGGUGGGAGACCCCAGCCAGGCCGGUAGGCUAAGCCCUGUUCGCGGCUCUGUGGCUCCUGAGGAUGCCCUGGGUCCCGAGAUGUCCAAGGGGCUUAGGCGGGGGCUCCGCCUUCUGGGAGCAGCAGGCUGUCCCCCCGGCUGGGAACCACAUCCCCCAGACGUGGUCAAGCAAGGGGUGGACGUGAGGCCUGCAGAGCCCAGGAAACAGAACCAGCUGGAGAGGGAUGAGCCCCGAUCCAAACAGACAAAGAAAGCCGGGGGCCAGAGGCGGGGCAGGCCGCCCGCAGACUUCCCCAGCGAGUCAGAGGGGAAAGCCAGCAAGAGGGCGAGAAAGCCAAGAGCGAGAAGGUUCCGGGAGGAGAGCGGUCUCCAGGGCCCUGCAGAUGUGAUUUCAGGGAGAAGAGGCUGGAAUCCGUCAACGGCCAUUGCCAACUGCCCGGCUCUCCCGAGCCGCCACCUCUCACCAGAGGCAGAGCAGGAGACUGAGUCCACGCAGCCGCCUCUCGUCGCCACGGACCUGGAGGAGACGCCUGCACGGAAGUCUCCUGGGGAUCGGGUGGCCUGUCCAGGGAUGGUGGAGGGGGCACCUCCUGCGCCGGAAGGGCCAGUGGGGCGGAAAGCAGCCUCGGCAAGAGGGUACGCGGGACCCCGAGAGACCAGGAUGUCUGGCAUCUGCAAAGAGCCGUCGAGGGCAGCUGGCGGUAAACCUGCAGGGGACAGCAGAGUGGCCGAGAGCAGAUCAGGGCAAGGUGUCUGGGAGGGGCACGAGCCCCCCUGGGACCCGCAGGGCCCUCCCGAGACUCGUGGUUCUGAAGCAGGCAGCACCAUCAGCAGUUGCCUCCAGGACCCCCUGCACAGUCCAGGAGAGGGGGUCCAGGAGCAGGAGGGCACUGCUCCUGAAGCCCCCAGCCCGAAUCUCAGAGACCCUCUGAGCUUGUUUGAUGAUGAGGCCUCCUUUUCCCAGCUCUUCCCCCUGGGAGACCGCUUGGUUCGGAAGAAGAACCCCCGUGUCUACGGGAAGCGCUGUAAAAAGUCGAAGCCACCUCCCCGGCCCGAGCCUAGCGGCCAGGCAGGGGGCAGUGUCGCUCUGUCCUCCUCCCGCCUGCCCACAGACCUCAGUGACUCUGGCUCGCUCUGCCUGUCCCACGAGGACCCGUGGGGUGACGAGGCUGCGGGUCUGCCGGAGUCCUUCCUCCUGGAGGGCUUCCUCAGCAGCAAGGUGCCCGGCAUUGACCCCUGGGCCGUGGGCCCCAGCCUGUGGGCCCUGGAGCCCCACGCGGAGGCGGACCCCUGCUGCGCCGAGGACCACCCGUCAGAAAACAUCCCUGAGCUGCACAUGGUCCCGGCAGCUUGGCGAGGCCUGGAGCUGCAGGCCCCCACCGACGAGGCCACCUCUUCUGCGGGAGACGCGAGCCCCGAGCCCCCCAACCUGGAGCGAGAGCACUAUGAGUGUGGUGUCCCCGGGAGCGCCGUGGAUCUGCAGAUGCAGGGCCUGUGCUUCCUAGGACCCUGCGAAGACCCUGCAGGUCUGCCCGGCACCAGCCUCUUGGACUUCAAGGCCACGGCCAGUUCCCAGGGCCCACAGAGCAGGACAGAGGGGGUGGCCGGGGCAAGAAGGGCCCCAGGCGGAGGCCGGCCCACCAAGGCCAGGAGGGCGCCCUACAAGUGCAGGGUGUGCUUUCAGCGCUUCCACGGCCUGGGAGAGCUGGACCUCCACAAGCUGGCCCACAGCCCCUCGCCGCCCCCUACCUGCUACAUGUGCGUGGAGCGCAGGUUCGGCUCCCGCGAGCUGCUGAGGGAGCACCUGCAGGAGAAGCACGUGCAGAGCAAGGCAGGGCUGUGGGCCUGCGGCAUGUGCCGGCGCGAGGUCGCCGACGUCUGGAUGUACAAUGAGCACCUGCGUGAGCACGCCGUGCGCUUCGCCCGCAAGGGACAGGCGCGGAGGUCCCUGGGGGACCUGCCCGGAUGUUGGGAGGGGGACGGCACGGUCACGCGCUUCCUGAGCGGCAUCGUGGGACAGGUCUCCAAACCCCACCGGGGCAAGCGCUCCAUCGGCAAGGCAGGCGGGGGCCCCGCGGAGGCGUCAGGGGCGGAUGUGGGAGCUGGGAAGGAAUUCCCGAGGGAGAGGCCAAGACCCAAGGCCCGCGCCAACGGCUCCGACCCGGACAGCGCCUCGGCCCAGGGCAGCCCGUCAGCCUGCGGCUUGUCCCCCGACGGCCGUUCGCACAGCGAGUCCCCCCUCCCAGCCGUCCCGGUGCACCAGGACUGCAAGGACCCUGCCCGCGACUGCCACCACUGCGGGAAGCGGUUCCCCAAGCCGUUCAAGCUGCAGCGCCACCUGGCGGUGCACAGCCCGCAGCGCGUCUACCUGUGCCCCCAGUGCCCCCGGGUGUACCCCGAGCACCAGGAGCUGCGCGUGCACCUGGGCGGCGAGCACGGGCUGAGCGGGGAGCUGGAGCUGCAGCACACCCCGCUGUACGCCUGUGAGCUUUGCGCCAACGUCACGCACAUCAGCAAGAGGUCUUUCGUCUGCAGCUCCUGCAACUACACCUUUGCCAAAAAGGAGCAGUUCGACCGGCACAUGGACAAACACCGGAGGAGGGGGCAGCAGCCCUUCACCUUCCGCGGCGUGCGGAGGCCCGGCGCCCCUGGGCAGAAGGCCUUGGCCCGAGAGGGCUCGCUGCCCAGCAAACGGCGCAGGGUGGCCGCGUCCAGCAGCGCCCCCGGAUCCGGCGUGGACGGGCCUCUGUCCCGGGACAGCGGCCCCACCCUGAGCGAGCGGUCCCUCCCAGCCCUGGCCCAGCCCUGCCCGGAGGCAGCUCCCAGCACCACAGCAGGGCAGCCCGGGACCCCAGAGAGGCCCACAGGCCCCGUGGGCCACCCGGUCGGCGGCGGCGAUCUGCCCUCUGCCCUCCAGGAGCUCCUGCCCCCGUCUCUGUCUCCUUUCCCGGCGGCCUCGGCUGAUGGCAAAGAUGGCCACGAGCCGGACCAGGCCCUGGAGAGUUCCGAGGACGAGGCUUCCGCAGGCAGCCCUGGGCGCUUCCUCCAGCAGGCUCUCCCCUUGGGGGGCUCUCUGCCCCAGCCGGGGGCCGGAGGCCAAGACGCAGAGGAAAAGAGGGCAGCUGGCCCGCUCUCAGGGAAACACGGGACCCCAAGUGCCCCUGGCAAAUGUGCCCCUGACCAUCACCCAGAAGCCCCCUCUCUGCUCUGGAAGGAGAAGCAGGUGUCCACGUGUCACGUGGCACCUGCCAGGGGCGCAGGAGGCCCCUCCCACAGAGGCAGUGCCAACAAGCCCGGGGGCUGCCAGAGCUCGUCCAAGGACAGGUCAGCCUCGUCCACCCCCAGCAAAGCACCCAAGUUCCCAGUACAACUGAAGAAGGCGGUGCCCAGCCCAAUGCCCAGAGAGCUCCCCCAUGGCACUGAGGACAGGCCAAAGCCCACCACCCUCAAAGUCAAGCCGGGCCCCGGCUCCCAGGGCGCUGGAGGCCCCCGGCAGGGCACCAAGGCAGCGGGCGGCAGCCAGCCCCAGCCGGCCAGCGGGCAGCUCCAAAGUGAGACAGCCACCACCCCAGCCAAGCCCGACGGCCCAGGCCAGGGCCCCGCCCCAGACAAGGCCCCCCCUCGAGCCCCAGCCAAGGGCUACCCCAAGGGACCAAGGGAAGCUGGUGACCAGGGGCCGCGAGGGAGCCUGGGCCCCAGGGAGGACGGGGACAGCAGUGAGAAGAAGAGAAAGGGCCGGGCGCCGGGGCCAACCAGGAGUGAAGCUGUGGGGAGCCUAGGGGGAGGCCCCCCGGGCCCUGACAAGCCCCCCCGGGCCCCACGGAAGCAGGCGACUCCCAGCCGCGUGCUCCCUGCCAAGCCCAAGCCCGGUGGCCAGAGCGGCACAACACCGCCCCAGCCCGCAGAGCCGCGGAAGGGGGAGCCCGGCCAUGCCCAAGGGAACAUCAGGCGCGGCAAGGAGGGGUUGGGCAAGGCCCUCCCCCAGGCCAGACCCCUGCAUAGGCCCCCCAGGAGGGGCGGGGCUGUCCUCGGUGCUGAACCCCCCAACCCCCGGGCCUGCCGGACAGCCGAGUCCCAGAGCCACCUCCUCAGCCAGCUUUUUGGGCAGAGACUAACCAGCUUCAAGAUCCCUUUAAAAAAGGAUGCUUCGGAGUAAUUUAUAGGAGCCAGCACGUGCCUGGGAGUGGGGCUGGGGACGAACUGGCAAAUGGGGGACCCUGGUCUAUGCUGAGGAGCUCCAGUCCUCCGAGAGUUUACCUGGUGGCCACAUCUUAAUCCACCUGCCAUAGCAUGCAGAUACUCAGACUCUGGUGUUAGACCUGCGACCCUGAUGCCUUGAACAGGGCCUGGGGUGGACAGCAAUCCCUUUCUAGCUGGAAGGUGAGGGUGAGGGGUGGGCCAGCUGCAGCCUCUUUGAGACCAUGCAGCUGUUUUCUCAGUACCAAGACGUUAAAGAGAGAGCCGCUCACCACCACCCCAGCCCCGUGUGCCCCACAGCCAAGGCCCGGUACGCCAGAGAACCCCUCGCUUUAAAGGUUUGCACAGGGCACCCCACCUGUGUCAUCUAGCAGGAAGUAAGUUGAGGCAGCUGCCGGUUGUAUGGUGGCAGCCUCCGUCUUAGUGUCGUUGCUGCUGUUGCUGGAAUUCCAAAGCGACCCUAGAAAUCAGAUGGGGGCAGAAGAGCCAUCUGUGAGCUGCCCGGCGCCCCCCGCACCCCCCACCGCCGAGCACAACAGGCCUUCUCUGACCACAGGGUCGUGCCGGCCACUGUCCGUGCCACUGACGGAAGAGCCGAUCUCCAGUGCACCUUGACCCCUGGUCCUCCCUCCCCACCCGCACUGCCCCCAGCCCAGCCUCCGCAGUUGCCCUCUCUAGAGCCUUCCUUCUACAUGGAGCUCUCUGCUGCAAGUAUCAGCAAUUUUACUCUGACGAUCCUGGUGCUAUUUUCAUGUUGUAAUGUGAAUACAGGCUUCCUUGAUUUGCUUUACCUGGGGGGUGGGGUCGGACCAGGAGGCGCAGUGUGCCGCACGGGCGGCCCAAGGCACCAGUGGCCUAAGAAGCCCUUCGCUGGCUCCCGGCCGCCUCUGGGAGGCGCCAGCCCCACGGGCAGGUCAGAGCAGCCAGUCAGGGGCAGCUCACGCACUGACACGACCCAGGGGCUGGCUCGCACGUCCUUUCUACAGAAUCGUGUCUUCACGGGGGCAGGAGGCAGGGAGAGGCUUCCUUCUGUUCUUAGGUGUCUCUGAGGUUUGUGGUUUGUUUUGUUCUGUUUCUUCAUUUUAGCCUUGGGUGCAAUGUGUAUGUCAAAAGUUUUAAUUUUGAUAUUUCGAAAGAAACCAAAUCAGGCCCAUACUGCCUUCGUAGCAGGUGUGUGUGCCACUCAGAGUGCCGCUUUAGUGCUGACGAAUAAACCCGGGGGCUCUGAGGUUGUAAAAUCUUAGUGCAUCCAUGCGGUCAAAUAUAUGUCCACUAUUUUCACAGGGCACCUCCUCUGUGGCCUCUGUCCUCCCGCCAGCCCCACCCUGCCUGCCCCCCCGAGCCGCCGCUUCGUCCGUCCCGUCCCAGGGCCACCGGGCCCUGCAGAGCCGCCCCAGCCAUAUAGAGGGGUCCCACCAGCCCCCAGACUUGUUAACACGGUGCAGACAGCACCUUAGCGCUGGGCGGGACCCUCUCAGGAAGGAACGAGCACAGCUGGGUUAGGGGACCCAGAGGGCAGCAAAGGCAGCAGGAGGGAUCACACUCCCACGGCAGGCCCAGACCCCUGGGGCCCACGUGUCCUGAAGACCCCCGUGUCUGGGACAAGCGCCCGGAUGGCAGGCAGGACCCGUCCAGAGUCGGGCACCAACCCUGAUCCCGUCCUGCCCCUGACAGCUGCCUGCACACGGGGUCUCUCAGAGCAGGCCCCAAACAACACAUGCCGGGCGCGGGAGUGGGGGGAGCCUCGCCAAGCCCUUCCACAGGGAGGGAUCCUGCACGUGACCCGAGACUGCCGAGCCCACGGCCCCCCAACCGCCCUGCGCACUCCCCCUGUCCUGCCAGGCCCCAACCCUGCCAUUCCCUCCGCCAGGGACGCCCUGCCCUGUCCUCUCUCUCGGUCUCGGCUGCUCCCGCUGAGUCCCCCCGCCCAGGUUGGCUGCCUCCAUUUCCACGCCUACCGUGGGCCGGGAACAAGCCAGCGGCUUACGCAGUGGUGCGGGCUGGGAGUUGCGCUUUCGGUGGGUGGAGCUGGAGCUGCGUUGGGGAAAGGCUAUCUGGGGACGUGGUGGCGGACGCCCAUGAGCCAACUGGGUCCACGGCACUGGGUGCCCCCCCAUCGGCUCACCACGCCUCGGGCGGCCUGGGGCCGGCAUCCGCAUCCCCGGAAACGUGACGGAGCAUCCAGGCCCUGCCCCAGACUGUGAAUCCGGCGCUGGGGCGAGCCGGGCGCUCUGCCCCCUCAGGCGCCAAGGCUCACCACGUCGGGGACCCCCGCAGCUCUAGUCUUCUCAGGGCUGGACGCGAGCGAAAUCCACCCUCCUGGACCCUGAGCCCACCCCGCAGCCGCGAGCCCCGUGGCAUGGAUAGAGCCAACCUGGCCAGCAGGUGGCAGCAUUCGCCGGCUCGGCGGGGACGGGCAGCUCGGCUGACGGGCCUCAGUGGGCACCAGCCUCCGAGCCCCACACGCACACAUCACAGGUACACUGGGCACCCCCGUCCUCACCGACGGGCCCAGAGACACACACUCACGGCACACGGGGGUGCACUCCUCCACGGCUUCACACACACACACCCACACGCAACCACGUGAGUGACUCUGGGCACACCUGUGGGACCCAAUCCUCAAGGCGUCCAGGGUGGGCAUCCCGAAGGGCCCUGUGUGAGCCGAGGGAGUGGGCCGGACAGGGUGGGAGAGGGUCCAGGUGGGUAUAGCCCUGUGCAGGGGCCACUGCUCCCUGAUCCCCUGAGAAAGCUGAGAAGCGGAGCCCAGACCCCACUGCCCUCGCUGGCCUCGGGCAGAGACCCCUGGGCCUGGCUCCCCCAUCUAGGAGGCCAGAGUGCCCCUCACCCUGAGACUGCAGGGUCCCCCGGGGCUGCCCUGCACUGGGCAGGGGGCAGGGGCGACUGAGGGUCAGCUGCAAGGUCACAUGAACGCUGUAUCGUACAACUGCACCCCCCCCCCAGGUCCCAAAGCCUGACCCCGACGACCCCUCGGCCCCCAGCCUGGAGACGGGGCAGGAGAGAAGGUGGUGCCUGGGGCCAGGUAAGGAGGGCCAGGUGGAGGGGCCGGGCGGGCGGAGCGGGUGGGGGUCGGCCAGAACUCGGUGGGCAGGGCAGCAGGAGGGAGAGGGCUGGUGGUGGAGCGGGCAGGCCGGGCUCCAUCCCCAGGCCCCGUGAGGGGGAGGCUUGCCCGCAUGGCUAGAGGGCAUGUCCGCCAGGAACCUGCUGGAGAAUGUCAUUGCAGUGGGCUUUGCUGGGCUCGGAGAAUCCGGUCUCCCAGGGAGAGCGUGUAGGCGGCCACGCUCACACAGGCGGAAGAAUCCGCACGUACAGGGUCCCACAGAGAAGGCCUCAGAGGUGCAGAGGGCCUCCAGGGAAGGGCUGGAUCCUCGUCACCAGGGUCCAUCCAAGCACCUCCCGUGCGGGGACAGGAGUUGGAGGCCGUGGGUCCUGUCCACGUCACCUGCGAACGUGCCGCGGGUGGGCUCUAGAAUUGAGCCUGAGGCUGCGUCUCCCCAGACCCCAUGUCUCUGCCUGUCUGGUGGGUGGGCAGUUGGCCUGAGGUCCCGCUGCUGUGGCCAUGCCGAGCCUUUGGGGCAUUGCUACUUUCCGCCCUCCUGGGAGCUCAAGGCCACAGCCCCUUCCCACAGGGUAAUGUCUACCUUGCUGACCGGCUGGCAUGGCCUUGUGGGCUGCAACUCAAGGCCACCGGCCUCCUCCCCGGAGCCCCAGGCGGAGAGAGGAUGCAGAUGGCUCUCCCGGGGCCCAGGGUUUAGCUGGGCCUGAACACACCGCACCUCGGUCUCAGCUGCCGAGAGACCCAGGACCGUUGCUGGGGCCCAGGCAGGAGGGCGACCACCAGGGACCAGAGACAUCAGGCCCAUCACCAGCCCCUCUGGGGCCUUUUUUUUUUUUCUAUAAACUUAUUUAUUUAUUUUUGGCUGCAUUGGGUCUUCGUUGCUGCGCGCAGGCUUUCUCUAGUUGCGGCGAGCGGGGGCUACUCUUCGUUGUGGUGCGUGGGCUUCUCACUGCGGUGGCUUCUCUUGUUGCAGAGCACGGGCUCUAGGCACGUGGGCUUCAGUAGUUGUGGCUUGCGGGCUCUAGAGCGCAGGCUCAGUAGUUGUGGCGCACGGGCUUAGUUGCUCCGCGGCAUGCGGGAUCUUCCCGGGCCAGGGCUCGAACCCGUGUCCCCUACAUUGGCAGGCGGAUUCUUAAGCACUGUGCCACCAGGGAAGUCCCUUCCUGCCUAUUUAAAUGGGCCCGACAAUCACCGAAAACCCUUCCAGCCCUGACACUCGGGGCUCCCUCCGAGGCCUAAGUGCUGGGGCUCACUGGCUUUGUCCGGACACUGUCCCCUCGCUGCCCACUGGGCUCCCUCCCUCCCUCCCUCCCUGAGGUCUUUGCUCAGACGGCACCUCUUCUCUGUGGCCUCCCUAACCACCUGCUAAGAUGGCAGCUGCGCCCCCACUGCCCCAGGCCCCAGCCUGCUGUAUUUAACGGCACGUUUGGCCUGAUGUGCUCCACGGCCCACUCCUUAGUCCUGGCUGUUGUCCUGCCGCUGGACCCUGAGUGACGCGUCCUGUGUGUUCUUCGCAGCUGUACCUCCAGUGCCCAGUGUGGGAGCGCAAUCCACGCCUGUGGGGGAGGGGGAGGGGAGGGGAGGGGGAAGGAAGGAAGGAAGGAGGGCGAACGAGGAAGUGUGCGCUUCCUAUCUGGUGAUGUAACCCGCGUGACCCCCACUCUCUUCAUUGGGAUAUGUCCAGAUAAUAUUUCCUGUCUGCGCCUGGCUGGUAAAUGGGCCGCACCUGGGCAGCUGCCUGAAGGGGUGGAUCUCACUAAUACCUGAGGACAGUUUCCAGGCAAGAACCUUUGUGUCCCGGGGUCUCAGAGGGUGCAGCUUGUUAGAGAUGCUGGUUUCAGAGAGGACCGCUGAGCCCGGAGGAGUCCAGCCCCAUUCCCCUCCUCUCUGCUCCCCCAAGAUGUCUGAGCGGUGGGCGGUGGAGAUCAGACAGGGAACCACCUGAGCCCAUCUCCCAGGCCAGAGCCAGUCCCAGCCACCAUGGGGGCAGCCCGGGCAGCAGCCCACCCCCCGUACACCCUCCCCUCCCCGCAGGGUGGCCCAGGCGGCAUCUAGUUGUCACUGGCAUCGCCCGACUUCUCCCCUGCUCCUCCUGCAGCCGCCUCUGAUCCCUAACUUAAUUUAUUUUGACAGCCUCGCUGCCAUUUGACCUCCCUAUGGAGUCACGUGGUGCUUAGAACUCAUUAUACCCCCUUGAAACAGGAAGUUAAUUAAACCCUUCACAGAGCCGGUGUUGACAAGCAUCGGUGAGGGCCCCUGGCACAGCUGCCCAGUGGCUCCAGGGCCUUGGGCUGACCAGCAGCGGAGGGAGCGAGGCCUGGGCCCCCUUCCCCCCAAUGCAGCCACCAGGGCCCAUUCUGCAGCAGCAGGCGCGGAUUUCCCAGGGAGACUCAGCUCUGCUGCUCACCUGCUGUGCGGCCUUGGGGGAGUGACUUCACUUCUCUGAGCCUCAGUUUCCUUGUCUGGCAAAUGGGAAUUCUAACUGUCCCUUCUUCAGAGAGCUGUUGUGAGCAGACGGUGCUCAGCACGGGCCCUGGCACCGAGGAACCGUCCACAGCUCACUCAUACCACUGCAAGCGUAAGGUAACAGCGUGCUGAGUACCACAGAAAAGGCACCUGGCCCCUGCAAGCUGGACCAGAGAGGAGCGGCCUAAUGUGGUCUGGAAGCAGUCAGGACCUCCCUGAGGAAGGGUGAAGGGGCCAGGCAGUGGGAGGGAAGGGUGCACCGGGUGGCAGGAACAGCUUGUGCAAAGGCCCUGUGGCCACAGGCCACCGGGACCCACAUUCAGGGAGGGUCAGAGGAGAAGGUAAGACUGGGGCAGGGCAGGGCCUGAGGUUAUCACGUUCGCUUAGUGGAAGGCCCCGCUGGCUUCAGCCUGUAGUGGGGCCAGGAGUGGCUCUGGGGAUCCGGCAGCAGUCAGGGUGGUAGGUAAAGGAAGCUUGGAGCGGGGGUUGGGCUGACAACAGUGUCCCCACAGGGCCUCUCAGAGCUAUAAGGAGGUGAAGUCAGGGACACUGGGGGCACAGUGAGGCAGAAAGAGGGCUCACGGUGUGGCCUGGCCGUCAGAGGCCCCUCACCUGACCUGGGCUCGGGACGCGAUCCCCACAGUCUGUCCAGCCCCCCCAGCCUUUGCACCUGCUCCUCCCUCAGCUGAGAACGCCCUUCUGCCACCACUCUCUCCUGAACAGUCUUCAUCCUUCAGUGUCCAGCUUAAGUGUCUAGAACAUUCUGUAGUUCCCUUGGUCAUCACCUAGCAACCAGUGCAGAGCCUGGGACGUGGGUGGCACCACAAUCAGCCCCCUCCCCACCGGCAGCCACUGCCCGGCCCCGGGCAGUCCUCCUGGGUCGGGGCAGCAGGUAGCAUGCCCAUCAGCAGAGCCAGGCCCACGGUUGCCAACCCACAGGGCAGAGGGCAGCGGUGGAGCAGACGUGAGCCCAGAGCCACAGGAGCCCUGAGGGUCAUGCCCCCCGCCCCCACUUACAGAUGAGGAAGCCAAGGACCUAAUUGCUUAAGGACUUGCUCAGGGUCACAGCCUCCAAUGUGGCAGAGCCAAGAUUCAAAUCCAGUUCUCCUGGGGCCCAGCCAGGGUGAAGAACCCGGGCUCUGGAGUGCGACUGCCUGGGGUCACAGGAAGUGCCACCACUUAUGAGCUGUAGGGCCACUCUGAACCUCAGAGUCUUCAUCACCACCACGACAGCCUUGGAAGCUGUGUCCUAGGCCCAGCUCUGCCACUUUCUGCCUGGGUGACCACCAGAGGGUUGCACAAGGACAUCAUGAGAGACCAUGAACCAGCCCAAAAGAAGGGCUCGGAAAAGGCUGGUGAUGCCGAUAAUGACAUCGCCCCUAGAGCCAUCCCCAGGAGACUUCCCUAGGCCCAGACAACCUUGGAGCCUUCCCGAGAGGCCUCCAGACUAUUAGACCUUGAAAUCCAGCAAAGCGGGAAACGUCCAGGCCGUGGUCAGGGCAGCCCAGCUCCACGCCAAGCCCUUCUCAGCUCCAUAGUGGGUGUUGCCAACCCCCAAGUGGACUGAAUGCAGUUCUGUUUUCUCCACCAGUGAUGUUUGGAUGUGAAUCUUGGCAGUCCCACAGGGGAUGCAGGUGGCCGGAUGGAGCCCUCUCCCAUCUGAGCAGGGACCCCUGCAAAACCCCACGGAGAUGGCACCUCCUCCAGUUAGCCUUCCUUGAUUUCCCCAGGCAGAGGCAGUCGCUCCUGCUCUGGGCUGAGCCGGGCCUGCCUUUCCACAGCAUUUCUUGCUCCUCUUUCCUCAGUUUAUCAUCCUUAUCAACAGACCUCCCCUGAGGGUGUAGUGGCCUGUGUGAGCGAGGUCCUAUGACACCGCCAUUGGUCACGAGCAAGCUGGAGUUUCCUCAUCUGUACGGUGGCGGUAAUAAUAUCCCCGUGCAGGGCAGACAGAGGGGGCAAAGCAUGGAAGCAAAGUGCCCCAGAAACAGCACGGGCCUGGGUCAGGGCUGACAUGGCGUGUUAUUUUGUUUGUUUGUUUUUUAUAAAUUUAUUUAUUUUUAAUUUUCGGUGCGUUGGGUCUCCGUUGCUGCGCGCAGGGCUUCUCUGGUUGCGGAGAGCGGGGGCUACUCUUCGUUGCGUUGCGCGGCCUUCUCAUUGCGGUGGCUUCUUUUGUUGCAGAGCAUGGGCUCUAGGCGCGCAGGCUUCAGUAGUUGCGGCUCGCGGGCUCAGGAGUUGUGGCGCACGGGCUUAGUUGCUCCGCAGCAUGUGGGAUCUUACCAGACCAGGGCUCGAACCCAUGUCCCCUGCAUUUGCAGGCGGAUUCUUAACCACUGCACCACCAGGGAAGUCCCCUGUCAUGGCGUUUGA